AUGGAGAUCUAUCGGCAAAUCAAGCAACCAAGAAAACAACUGAAAUCACUCGUUUUGACCCAGGUUUGCCCGAAACCGCCAUAUCCGGUGAGAAUUGUUAUAACUUUAGUCUGUAUUCAAUUCGACUAUUUAGGUGUGCCUGACGAGAAGCAGAUGGAAUUUGCUGACUAUAUUGAUGAAGUUGAACGUGUGAUCUCCUCGGAAUCGGUGGAUUCACGGUUAGAGGGGUCUGCAUCCUACACAUUCCAUUCAAUUAGCUCAAAUUUAAAAUCCACGGAAACUAUCUCACAUCCGGUGGAGAAAUCACACGAUUCAUUGGCCAUACCAUUUGGUUGCUUUGCGCACUUGGUCUAUACCAAGCAUGGUAUUCUAUGCGCCGGUAAAGAUGGAAUUUUACGACUGCUUACCAUAAAUAUUGCAAAAGCGGGAAAACCCCCUCCAAACCAAGAAGCGGAAAACAGUACCGCUCAACCACUGCAUGUAAACCCCAUGCUGUACCGUACACAACUAAGUGCUUGUCACAAGCUAUUCACUUUUACCAAUCCAUUCGAUUCGAAUGACAGCGUGUGCACGUUGCGUGUCACUGGUUUGGUCAUGUCUCCAUCCUAUGGACUGAUGGCUAUCAGUUCACUCACAGGUCAAUUCGCUAUCCUCGAUUUGGCAAACUACAAACACACCGAAAGUGAUUCAUUACAUGCAGUGUUCCAGUUUACCACCUCAGGUGAUUCGUUUGUUGGAUUGGGUCUUCUGGGUCCCGAGAAGAAUCGAUUCGUCGCAUGCUUAAUAGACUACCAAUCAGAAAUUAUUGUGAAUGCUGAGAAAAUUCCUUGCGAGCUUCCUCGAUGUGCCGAAGAACCAAGAUAA